CUACAGAGGCGUGUUUGUCGCUCCGACUUCCAGCCAGCUGCAUAUAAUAGCCAACUACAAGCAGUAAUUAGCGUUGACGCAGAAACCUGGCAUAAAGAACCAACGAAAGCUUGUGAGCCAAUGGCUGCGGGACAAGUACUAUGUGCAAUGUUACACAUCAUCUCCCCUCUCGCUCCUGAUUUGUGGCCUCGGCCGUACUGUACUCCUCGGAGGCUACCCACCGGUUACAAAGUAGGUGGCAGAGCAGAGAUCCGAGACACUCUUGGUCCUGAAAUGAAGAGGGAGAGCGGUUCUCUACUUGUAUAUCGACUUACACCUUUUAGAACCUCUCCUGACCCACACGGUGAUACCUAGUGCAUUGCCACGCGACGGACAUCCUGUGCUGUCACUCAUGUCAUAGGAUUGGUGGCCCCUCGUUCCAGCUUUCCCGCACGCUGGCCGC